CUAACUCUGAGCCAGGGAUCAGCUGCAGGAGGCUUGGGCCCAGCCUCUGGACAGGGAAGGGAGGGAGCAGGGUUUUGCCAGGGGUCUCAGCAGGCAGCCCCAGGGCUGUGAGUGCCCUAAGUGCAGCCCAGGAAGCGGGACUUUGGGCGAGGCAGCUCACGCCGAGGGAGCAACAGUGAGGGCUGUGUGCUGAGUGUCCCCCGUGAGGGAGCGCACAGUGGACCUCGAUUGAGUGAGUUCUGCAUGACUUAUCAGGCACCAUGAACAGCCACGCCUCUCCUCCUCUUGACGUCUUGGUCACCAGUAACACUGAGCCAGCCAUUGUCCCCAAGACCACAAAGGCCACACUGGGAGCUGGCAUCCACUCUGGGCCUCAGACCAAGGCAGUCAUGUCUGCCCAGGCCCAGAGCAUCGCUGGGGUGUAUGUGGAGGCCUCGGGCCAGGUCCAUAGUCUCUACGCUGCCAUGAAGCAGGGGGUCCUGCCCUUUGGGCUCGGGCUGGCUCUGCUGGAGGCCCAGGCGGCCACUGGGGGCCUGGUGGGCCCCGCCCAGGGCCGGCCGCUGCCUGUGUCUGAGGCCCUGCAGCAGGGCUUAGUGGGCCUGGAGCUGAAGGAGAGGCUGCUGGCCGCUGAGCGUGCGGUCACUGGCUACCCUGACCCCUAUGGGGGUGGGAGGCUGGCCCUUUUCCAGGCCAUUGGGAAGGAGGUGGUGGACAGGGCACUGGGGUGGAACUGGCUGGAGGCCCAGCUGGCCACUGGGGGUCUGGUGGAUCCCACCCAGGGUGUGCGUGUGGCCCCUGAGUUGGCCUGCCAGCAGGGCCUCCUGGACCAGGAGGCGUGGCACGUCCUGUCAGAGUCUGGGCCCGACUCGGGUGCCCCAGGCUUCCUGGACCCCAACACGCUAGAGCAGCUGCCGUACCGCGAGCUGCUGGGGAGGUGUGUGCGGGCCCCCAGCACGGGGCUGGCCCUGCUGCCCCUCAAGACCACUUUCCGCACCCUAAGUGGAGCGGUGAGCUUGGCCGAGCUGCUGGAGGUGGGGGUCCUGGAUGAGGGGACAGCCCGAGGCCUGCGGGAGGGCAGGCUGGCAGUGCCGGAUGUGAGCACCCGCGCUGAGGUGCAGCGCUACCUGCAGGGCACAGGUGGUGUGGCAGGGGUGGUCCUGCUGCCUGCAGGCCUCAAGAAGAGCUUCUUCCAGGCUGUUGCCGAGCACCUGCUCCCCAUGGGCGCCACAUUCCCGCUGCUGGAGGCUCAGGCUGCCACCGGCACGCUGGUGGACCCAGCUACUGGCCGGCACCUAUGGGUGGAUGAGGCAGUCAGGGCAGGCCUGGUGGGCCCAGAGCUCCACAGGCAGCUCCUGGCGGCAGAGCAGGCAGUGACAGGGUACCAUGACCCCUUCACUGGCACCCGCAUCCCCCUCUUCCAGGCCAUGAAGAAGGAGCUGGUGGACAGGCCUCUGGCGCUGAGGCUCCUGGAUGCCCAGUUGGCCACAGGUGGGCUUGUGUGUCCUGCCCGCAGGCUCCGGCUGCCCUUGGAGGCUGCCCUGCGCUUUGGUUGCCUGGACAAAAAGACGCAGCAGUGUCUCCUGCUGGCCACUGGCUUUUCAGACCCUGGCACACAGGAAGGCCUCAGCUACGGGCAGCUGCUUGCCCGCUGUGUCACCGACCCAGAGACGGGGCUGGCCUUCCUGCCCGUCUUAGUGGGGAGCUUUGGAGAGGAGCCGCAGGGACCCCAGUUCAUUGAGCACAGCACCCGGCAGGCCCUGAGUGCUGCUGUGGCCACCAUCUCCGUGGGCAAAUUCCAGGGCCGGCCUGUGUCGCUCUGGGAGCUGCUCUUCUCUGAGGCAGUCCCCGUGGAACAGAGGGUGGCGCUGAGCCAGCAGCACAGGGAUGGGACCCUCUCGGUGGAGGAGCUGGGAGCUGUGCUGAGGGCCACCCUCGAGCAGGCUGCAGCCACCUCCAGGAACACUUUUGCUGGGCUGAGGGUCCCCGUGACUCCAGGAGAGCUGCUGACAGCGGAGAUCAUCAACCAAGACACGUACGAGCAGCUGGAACGAGGACAGACCACAGCACAGGACGUGGGCAGCCUGGACUCCGUGCAGAGGUACUUGCAAGGCACUGGCUGUGUGGCCGGCCUGCUGCUGCCUGGAUCCCAGGAGCAGCUCAGUGUCCAUGAGGCUUGUAGGAGGGGACUCCUCAGACCCGGCACAGCCCUUAUCCUCCUAGAGGCACAGGCAGCCACGGGCUUCAUUAUCGAUCCCAAAGAAAACAAGAAGUAUUCAGUGGAAGAGGCGCUGAGGGCUGGUGUCAUCGGGCCCAGUGUGUAUGCAAAGCUGCUGUCAGCCGAGCGCGCUGUCACCGGCUACAGUGACCCCUACACGGGGGAGCGGAUCUCCCUGUUCCAGGCCAUGAAGAAGGGCCUGAUUGUCAGGGAGCAUGGCAUCCGCCUGCUGGAGGCCCAGAUCGCCACGGGCGGCAUCAUCGACCCGGUGCACAGCCACCGUGUGCCAGUGGAUGUGGCCUUCCAGCGCGGCUACUUUGACCAGACGCUGAAGUUGAUUUUGGCAGACCCUAGCGACGACACCAAGGGCUUCUUCGACCCCAACACGCAUGAGAACCUCACCUACAUGCAGCUGCUGGAGCGCUGCGUGCGCGACCCCAACACAGGGCUCCACCUGCUGCCACUCACGCGCACGCGGCCUCAGCUGGUGGAUGGCACCACCAGGCAAGCCCUCCAGAGCCUGCUGCUGUCAGUGAGGCACGGGCGGUUCCGGGGACAGAGGGUUUCCGCCUGGGAGCUGAUCAACUCGGAAUGUUUCAGUGAGGAUAGGAGGCGGAGGCUCCUGAAGGACUACCGGCUGCACAAGGUCUCACUGGAGCAAGUCUCAAAGCUGCUGGAGAGAGAAAUGGAGAGGUGGGCAGAUAUCAUGCUGCCCACGCUGCGGGGCCAGGUUACUGCCUACCAGCUCCUGGAGGCCCACAUCAUUGACCAGGAGCUCCUGGACCAGGUGCUGUCGGGGGCAGUGAGCCCUGAGGCUCUGCUUUGCAUGGACAGUGUCCGCAGGUAUCUGCGUGGCUCGGGGGCCGUGGGUGGUGUGAUGCUGCAGCCCUCCAACCAGCGUCUCAGCCUCUACCAGGCCAUGAAGCAGAAGCUGCUGGGGCCAGGGGUGGCCCUGGCCCUGCUGGAGGCCCAGGCAGCCACUGGGGCUAUUACUGACCCCUGCAGUCUGGAGACUAUGUCUGUGGGCGAGGCCGUGCGCAGGGAGCUGGUGGGGCCAGAGCUCUACAGCAGGCUGAGACAGGCCGAGGACACUGUCACCGGCCUUAGAGAUCCCUUCUCUGGGGAACGAGUGUCCCUUUUCCAGGCCAUGAAGAAGGGUCUUGUCUCUGUGGAGCAGGCUGUCCGCCUCCUGGAGGCCCAAGUGGCCACGGGAGGGGUCAUUGACCCCAGAGACCACCACCACCUCCCAAUGCCCGUGGCCACACAGCGUGGCUGUAUUGACCAGGACAUGGAGGUGGCUUUGUCUAGCUCUGAGACCUUCCCCACGCUGGAUGGCCGGGGACACACCAGCUACGCCCAGCUUCUGGAGCAGUGUGUAAGGGACGAGGCGUCCGGCCUGUACCUCCUGCCCCUGCCGGAAGAUGCUCCUGCGAUCCCCACGGACAAGCAAGUACAGGAGACCCUAAAGUCCACUCAGGGGACUGAGGACGGCAUGUCCCUCUGGGAGCUGCUGGGCUCCUGCCACUUCACUGAGGAGCAGCGGAGGGGCCUCCUAGAGGACUUCAGGGUGGGGAGGACCACGGCGCAGCAGUUGCGGGCAGCCGUGCAGAGGUGGGUGCAGGAGGCGGAGCUCCUGGAGCGGGCCCGCAUCACCCUGCCUGGCCCGCGGGGCAGGGUGCCCGCCGUCUGGCUGCUGCACGCCGGUGUCAUCACCCGGGAGACCCUGGAGGCGCUGGUCCAGGGUGCGUGGUCGCCUCCUGAGGUCGCUGAGCAGCCCGCUGUGCGGGCCUGCUUGUGGGGCACAGGCUGCGUGGCUGGGGUGCUGCUGCCGCGCUCGGGCGCCAAAGUGAGCAUUGCCCAGGCCAUGGAGGACAGCCUCCUGCCCGCUGGCCUGGGUCAGAGACUGCUGGAGGCCCAGGUGGCAUCUGGCUCUCUCAUUGACCCUCUGACCAGCCAGAGACUGUCGGUGGAAGAUGCAAUCAAGGCCGGCCUUGUGCCUGGGACGUUGAGUGAGCAGCUCCAGCAGGUGGAGAGGGCAGUGGCCGGGUACACGGACCCCUGCUCGGGGGGCUCCCUCUCCCUGUGGCAGGCUGUGGAGAAAGGGCUCAUGCCCCAGAGCGAGGGCUUCCCCCUCCUGCAGGCACAGCUGGCCACAGGGGGUGCAGUGGACCCCGUCCACGGGGUGCACCUGCCCGAGGCGGCAGCCUGCAGACUUGGCCUCCUGGACGAGCAGACGAGCAGGGUGCUGACCUCACCAGAUGAGGACAACAAGUUCUUCUUUGACCCCAGCACGCGGGACAAGGUGACAUACGGGCAACUCAAGGAGCGCUGUGUUCCAGAUGCUGACACCGGCCUGUGGCUGCUGCCGCUCCCUGAGGACACGGCACUAGAGUGGGACGAGCACACGGCAGUGGCCCUGAGGGCCAUGAAGGUGCCUGUCAGCACAGGGAGGUUCAGAGGCCUCAGCAUGUCCCUCUGGGACCUGCUGCACUCAGAGUAUGUCAGUGUCCACAGGCGGCGGGAGCUGGCAGCACUCUGCCAGUCUGGGAGGGCCACAGCACUGCGGCAGGUGGUCAGCGCAGUCACCGCCCUGGUGGAGGCCUCAGAGCGGCAGCCCUCGCAGGCCGCCUUCAGAGGGCUCCGGAAACAGGUGUCGGCCAGGGACCUGUUCAGGUCCCAGCUGAUUGACAAAAAGACAUUGCAUGACCUGAAUGAGGGGAGGAAGACGGUGCAGGAGGUGACGGAGAUGGACAGCGUGAAGCGCUUCUUGGAAGGAGGCAACUUCAUAGCCGGGGUCCUUCUCCAGGACACAAAGGAGAGGAUGAGCAUCUCAGAGGCCCUGAGGAGACACGUUCUGCGGCCCGGCACGGCACUGGUGCUGCUGGAGGCACAGGCGGCCACUGGCUUCCUCAUCGACCCCUUGGAGAACCGGAAGCUGACUGUGCAGGAGGCAUUCGAGGCUGGGAUGUUCGGCAAGGAAACCUACCAGAAGCUGCUGUCGGCCGAGCGCGCCGUCACCGGCUACACCGACCCCUACACCGGGGAGCAGAUCUCCCUGUUCCAGGCCAUGAAGAAGGGCCUGAUCGUCAGGGAGCACGGCAUCCGCCUGCUGGAGGCCCAGAUCGCCACGGGCGGCGUCAUCGACCCGGUGCACAGCCACCGCGUGCCUAUGGACGUGGCCUUCCAGCGCGGCUACUUCGACGAGGAGAUGAGCCGCGUCCUGGAGGACCCCAGCGAUGACACCAGGGGCUUCUUCGACCCCAACACGCACGAGAACCUCACCUACAUGCAGCUGCUGGAGCGCUGCGUGCGCGACCCCGACACGGGGCUCUACCUGCUGCAAGUUGUAAAGAAAGGAGAGGCAUACGUGUAUAUCGAUGAAGCCACGAAGCAAGUUCUGCAAUCCAAAACAACCACAAUGCGUGUGGGGCGGUUUGCCAAUCAGAUGGUCUCCUUCUGGGACCUGCUGACCUCUCAGUACUUCACUGAGGACAGGAAGAGAGAGCUUGUCCAAGCAUACAGAGCCCGGAACGUGAGCCUGGAGCAGUUGCUGGAGAUCAUCGUCACGACGGUCAAAGAAACAGAAAAGCAAAACCAGGUGAUCAAGGUGGCAGCCAUUGGUGGGGAGGUGACAGCUGCAGAGUUAUUCAACUCAGGAAUCAUCGAUAAAAAGACCCUGGAUACGCUGCACCCAGGGGACAGUGGGGGGCAGGCCCUCCGCAACCUGGAGCCUGUAAAGGCCUACCUGGAUGGCAGGGGCUGCAUUGCCGGUGUGACCACACCAUCCACCCAGGAGGUCCUGAGCAUGUACGAGGCCGGCAGGAAAGGACUCGUGCCAGCAGCGUUCGUGGCUCACCUACUAGAGGCACAGGCGGCCACAGGGUUCAUGCUGGACCCCUACAGCCACCAGAGGCUCUCUGUGGAUGAGGCUGUGGCUGCUGGCCUGGUGGGCGAAGACCUGCAGGAAAGGCUCCUGAUCGCCGAGAAGGCCGCCAGAGGAUAUGUGGACCCAGUGACAGGACACACGAUCUCCCUGUUCCAGGCCAUGAGGAGAAAGCUGGUGGCACAGGAGUGGGCGCUCAGGCUGCUGGAGGUGCAGGUGGCCACGGGGGGCGUCGUGGACCCGCUGCACCACCACCGGCUUCCGCUGGACGCCGCCUACAGACGAGGCUGUCUACACCCAGACACCUACCCGCUCGUUGCAGAUCCAAAGGGCAUGAAUAAAAGAUAUGUAGACCCCAACACACAGGAGAAGGUGACGUACCAGGAGCUGCAGGAGAGGAGCCAGCAGGAAGAGGCAACGGGCUGGGCCCUGUUCCCUGUACUUCUUACUGGACAGCACUGCACAUAUAUUGACGACGCCACCAUCAGAGCUCUCCAGGCCCAGCAAGUGGAGGUCACUGUGGGGAGGUUUAAGGGCCAGAGACCAUCGGUCUGGGAAUUGCUGAAUUCAGAAUAUGUGACAGAAGAGAAGAAGCGUGAGUUAGUUGUAAAAUACAAAAGAGACACAGCACAUGCACUAGAAGCGGUAGUGACUGUUAUCUUCGAAAUAAUUCAUGAGACGGAAAAGAAUAGAAAACAGCUCUGGUUCAGAGGGAUCAGGAGACAAAUCACUGCUGCCGAGCUCUGCGCUGCAGGUGUCCUCAGUGAGGCGACGCUGGGGGCCUUAGAGGAAGGGAGGACCACUGCAGACGAUGUGACACAGGACGAAGGAGUCAGGCGCUACCUGGAGGGGACCAGCUGCAUAGCCGGCGUGCUGGUGCCCGCCAGGGACGAGCCCGGGCGCCAGGAGAAGAUGAGCAUCUACCAGGCCAUGUGGAAGGGCGGCGUCCUGCGGCCCGGCACGGCCCUGGUGCUGCUGGAGGCGCAGGCGGCCACCGGCUUCGUCAUCGACCCCGUGCGCAACCGGAAGCUGUCCGUGGAGGAGGCGGUGGCCGCGGGCGUGGUGGGCGGCGAGCUCCAGGAGAAGCUGCUGUCGGCCGAGCGCGCCGUCACCGGCUACACCGACCCCUACACCGGGGAGCAGAUCUCCCUGUUCCAGGCCAUGAAGAAGGACCUGAUCGUCAGGGAGCACGGCAUCCGCCUGCUGGAGGCCCAGAUCGCCACGGGCGGCGUCAUCGACCCGGUGCACAGCCACCGCGUGCCCGUGGACGUGGCCUUCCAGCGCGGCUACUUCGACGAGGAGAUGAGCCGCGUCCUGGAGGACCCCAGCGACGACACCAGGGGCUUCUUCGACCCCAACACGCACGAGAACCUCACCUACAAGCAGCUACUGCGCCGCUGCGUGCGCGACCCCGACACGGGGCUCUACCUGCUGCAGCUGGCGGGCCGGGGCUCCGCCGUGCACCAGCUGGGCGAGGAGCUGCGCGCCGCCCUGCGCGAUGCCCGCGUGACGCCGGGCUCGGGCGCCCUCCGGGGCCAGGGCGUCUCCGUCUGGGAGCUCCUCUUCUACCGGGAGGUGUCCGAGAGCCAGCGGCAGGACCUGCUGCGCCGGUACCGGGAGGGCUCGCUGACCGCGCCGGACGUGGGCGCCGCCCUCGCCUCCCUGCUGGCCCGGGCCGAGGCGGAGGACCAGGUCCCCCGGCCCGCGCCCCCCGACCCACCGGGGGCCCUGCGUGCCGCCACCAUGGAGGUCCGGGUGGGCCGCCUGCGGGGGCCCGCGGUGCCUGUGUGGGACGUGCUGGCGUCCAGCUACGUGAGCGAGGCCACCCGGGAGCAGCUGCUGGCCCAGUUCAGUGCGGGGACGCUGGGCUUGCCCGCGCUGACCCACAGGCUGACCACCAUCAUCCAGGAGGCGGAGGCGGCCGACGGGACCGAGCACGGGCAGGGGGGCGCCGCCCCCGGCCAGCCGGAGCCCGGCCCAGCCGGGCGCGGUGACGGUGACGCCGACGCGGGUCCCUCCCCGGGCCAGGCCGACGCCGAGGCCGCCCGGGCCCUCCAGGAGCGGGCCCUGCGGGCCGCCACCAUGGAGGUGCAGGCCGGGCAGUUCCGCGGCCAGCCCGUCUCCGUGUGGGACGUCCUCUUCUCCUCCUACCUGGGCCAGGCCCGCCGGGACGAGCUCCUGGCCCGGCACGCGGCCGGCACCCUGGCCCUGCCCGGCCUGGUCGCCAUCCUCACCCAGGUCAUCGAGGAGGCGGAGGAGCGGCUGAGCAAGGUGUCCCUCCGGGGCCUGAGGCGCCAGGUGUCGGCCUCCGAGCUGGGCAGGUCCAGGAUCCUGGGCCCCGAGACCCUGCGGGACCUGGCCCAGGGCACCAAGACCCUGCAGGAGGUGUCGGAGAUGGACUCGGUGAAACGCUACCUGGAGGGCACCAGCUGCAUCGCCGGCGUGCUGGUGCCCGCCAGGGACGAGCCCGGGCGCCAGGAGAAGAUGAGCAUCUACCAGGCCAUGUGGAAGGGCGUCCUGCGGCCCGGCACGGCCCUGGUGCUGCUGGAGGCGCAGGCGGCCACCGGCUUCGUCAUCGACCCCGUGCGCAACCGGAAGCUGUCCGUGGAGGAGGCGGUGGCCGCGGGCGUGGUGGGCGGCGAGCUCCAGGAGAAGCUGCUGUCGGCCGAGCGCGCCGUCACCGGCUACACCGACCCCUACACCGGGGAGCAGAUCUCCCUGUUCCAGGCCAUGAAGAAGGACCUGAUCGUCAGGGAGCACGGCAUCCGCCUGCUGGAGGCCCAGAUCGCCACGGGCGGCGUCAUCGACCCGGUGCACAGCCACCGCGUGCCCGUGGACGUGGCCUUCCAGCGCGGCUACUUCGACGAGGAGAUGAGCCGCGUCCUGGAGGACCCCAGCGACGACACCAGGGGCUUCUUCGACCCCAACACGCACGAGAACCUCACCUACAAGCAGCUUCUGCAGAGGGGCAGUGUUGACCCUGAAACAGGCCUUCUGUUUCUUUCGCUUUCAUGACCGUCAGUGAAUAUUCUAGUUGGUAUUGUUUCAUGUUUAAGAGAGAGAACAGUAUUUUGAAACAUUUUCUUUUUGUUCUAAAUUUUGUUCUCCCAUUUUUCAAUCUGCAUGUUAAUGUGGACUUAACUUUUCACUCUGCUGUGUCUUGUUUUCUUGCUUUUGGUUCUUUGUUGUGCUAAACUAAGUGUGAUAGCUUUCUCAUGUUGUUUGGACUCUGUGUAAUUAGCGUGCAUUUUGAGUUUUUUUUGACAUUGCCACGUGAGAAUUUCCGAUAAAGUGUGCUAUCUUCAGAGUGAAGAACUCCUUCUGAUCUCAGGCCUAUCACCUGACUUGGAUGUCUCAGUUUGUUAGUGUUAUGUGUUAGAAUAUAGAAUUAAAUUCACUACUUUCA